GGAGAGGGAGAGAGCAGCAGCAGAGGAGUCUCCUUCCUCUCUCCUCACACACACAGAGAAAGAGAGAGAGACCCAGAGAGAGACAGAGGCAGAUCUCUAGCACUGAGCCAGCGCAUAUAAACAAAGGCACAUUGCUGCAGCUGGCUGAUCAUCACUCGCGCUCUCUCACACACACGCUCCACUCCGGAGCACCACCAGCAGCAGCAGCAGCAGGCUGCUCUCAGCUCCUGGUCUCUCAAGCUUCUGUAAUCCUUUCCCAUGACUCGGGAUAACGCAGCCUCCAGAUAUACAGCCUCCAAGAACCUCUUGGGUUUGCCUUUUAUAAUUUUGCCGCUGGACGGAGCCUACAUGCACAUUUAAGGAAACAGGCUUUUACAAACUAGAUGUAAAGACGGAACCGCCACAGCAAUCAAGUAUGUAUAUAUGAAUGGGAGAGAGAGAAUGUGGAUGGACUUGGUAAAAGUUGUGCUGCCGGUUAGAUUGCUCUUGAAAUGACAACUGUUUGUGAUGAACAUCAGUGUUACUAAUCUAACAUGCUGGGGGCUGUAACCUGAAACUUUUACUCCUUUCUGUCCUGGGUGGAUAUAUAUUUGAUGCUGUUCUGUUAGCCCGUACUUCAGACUUUUCCUCUCCUAAAACAGGAGAGCUGGGUUUGUGGAAUAGAAGCCUCAGCCGAUACUAAGGUAUUUCUGCUAGUUGUUGUCAUGGAAAUGAUGCUGCCGCCGGCGGUGGGGAGUUUGCAGCUCGGGUGAAGAAUGGCAGUAAUUUGUCUCUUCCUUUAACUGUGCUUGGGAAAUAAGUGGUUUUGUUUGUGCGAGUUAGGACUGUUUAAUAGGGACGGCAGGACAGGUUGAUCUGAUCUCGCUUUAGGAGAGAACAAACCAGAGGCUGCUGGAAGAGUUCGCCGAAGAGGUAAUUGUUGGAAUGUGGCAUAUUGUAAUGAAAUGAGGUGGGAUCUUUGCUAGGCACGUCUGCCUGGCAGAUGCUCCUAAGAAAUUUGCACUUUUCCCUUUGGAGGUCGUAAAUUGUAAUUACAUACUAUACUGACCCAGCACGUGUGUUACAGUACAGAGGAGCCGCAUUUCACUCGCUGCCUUACUCGCUGUAUAAAUGUCUCUCUUAAUAACUGCGAAACAGCUUCUAUCUUUAAAAGAAUCAGUAACAUACUGUCUAAUAGGCAUCCAAGUUUGGUAUAUUGUGGACAGCUAUUGGUCUGCCGUAUCGCGAUACUGCGCUGUCACGGUGGCGGUAUGGAUCGUCUAAUCUUUAAUACUUUAAUUUACAUUGUUGAGAAGUAUUGUUUGGUUUUUACCCUAUUUUGAGCUAAAGGAUUUAACUCCCAACGUUUUCCCAAAUAGAGGACGGAACAUGCUAUUUUCGGGGGGGGGGAGACUCUGCGAGAGUCACUUUCAAAUAAAUUUCGGGAAUUAAUCACUGGGAUUCUCUCCAGCCUGAUUCACCUUAUUAGCUUCUUCAAUUCAUUUUCUUUUUUCUCCGUGGAGACUGUUGUAUGUUACAUUCUUCUUGUCUCAAUGAUAACACAGUGAAAGCGAGAGGCUGAGAAACAGAGAACGGCCGGGGCCGCUCAGAGAUGAAAUUGACUGAAGUUGAGCGCGAUUUGCUGGAGUUCCGUGGGUUGGUGUUAUAGUUCCGUAGCGAUUAAAUGACAAAGUAGCCGCUGCUCGACAUGCAGCUGAAACUUUAAUUCAGUGACGCUUCCCCUUCGCGGUCCCUCCCGGGGUAAAGGAAGGUUUCGAAACUCCGCUGAAGAGCCACAAUCACAAUGGAGCAUUUCACGGUUUCCUCCUCAGAUUACCGGGGGGGGUGAGGGGGUGUCACUUGGGGCUGAAUGUAAAGUGUAAGGAGGAAGAAAGGCGCUUUGACAAGGGUAGUUAUUCCUUCCUAAUUUACAGCUCCUGGCUCAGCGGCUGCAGUCCGGAGGAGUGUUGCAUGUUUGAAGGCGCAGAGAGUGUCUCUAGGUAACCGGCGGCUUUGGGGGAGGAGAGGAGCCCUGGGGCGCUCAGUGCAGUGGAAGAAGUGGCCUUGCAAGAGCAGGGAGGGAUGAAAAACCCGAGGAGAUGAGCCGAUGAGCGUUUGACACCCCGGGCGCUUCGCGGGGAAUAAUGGCAAAAGUAGGCGAAAGUUCCUGACCGGGACUCGCGCUCAUAGACACAAGGUCUGGGGGGCGGGGGGUGUCUCUCCUGACACGGGCAGCGGUGUUAGUGCAUCCCCGCCGAAAUGCAAAGCCUCCCCUCUGAUACGCAGAUGUUGGCUUCAAGAAUAAGCGCGAAAAAGCCAAACCAGGUAAGAGAUGAGCCAUCGCAAAGCACCAGGGGGAGAGGGCAGAAGAGGACGCUGGGGCCUUCGGGGGCCAGGAGAAAGGCAGUGGGUUUUAGGGCUGCACUUGCUGAAUGAGAGGGGGGGGUUGUCAAUCAGGUACGAGGACGGCAAACGUUGCGGAUCCCUUCAGGUGCUGAAUAUCAUCGGAAGAGGGAAAGGAACUUCUUUAAAAUGGUGUCGGGACUGGAUGCCCGCCCCGUUGGGGGGUCUCUUACCCCAGACUAGACUAAAGCAUCGCUUUUAUACAGUAUGCGAGGGGCGCCGCAAGCCCGAGGCAGAGCUCCGGGGCAGGUCGAGAACAGAGCCUGGCUUUGGUGCUGAUCUAGGUUUGGGGGCUGAUCCCCGGGAUUCCUCCACCCCCCCGGGGAGAGAGCGCGCGCCGACCCUUCGGGGGCUGCACAGGGAAGGCAAGCUUGGGAUGUAAGAAAUCCUUUCAGUUCACAGCCAGAGUCUGUCUGCCUCGGACAUAACUGUCCCCUCUGGCCUGGAUCCACCCGGAUUUAAACUUCCUGCUGGCCCCCGAAAAUGCCCGCACAUGCGGGACAAAAGUCCAAGCAAUUUAGAGGGAAAGUUGCUAAACAUUUUCCACGACGCCCUUCUCUGUGCGUUUUCGCUGGGCGAAAGGAGCCUGCUUUCUUGGCUUUACUCCCAAUCCGAUCCUGAUAUUGCCAUAACACUGCAAUUGAAACAAGUGUGUAAACUUCCUUUCUGUGGCAUCUCCCGACUCUUCCCCUGGUGUCCUGAGCGAGAGAGAAAGGGGGGUGGCAGCAUUAGGGCUGGAGUUUGCCUAACCUCUAGGGGAAAGGCUGCGACCUGCUUUCUGAGGAACACGAGAAGCCCCUCGCCAGUUUGGGGGAAGCUGGGGGGGGGCUGAACUGUGCAUCUGUCUCUCCCCUCCCAGUUCCCACGUUAGCGCCUUGUUAGCCCAGGCUGCAGGUGGCCCAGGUGUGGCUUUCCCUUCCGAACCUGCCUCCCAGCUCUGCGGCUUGUUUGCAGUUCAGCCCGGGUCUCCGAGUUCCUGGGGCAGUCGCCGUGCCUGGCUGCUGGUCUCAGCCGCGAUCGGGUGUAGACCACAUUGUGACUCCCGCCCUCUCUCUUUCCCUGCUGUGUGACAGAGCCCGGGUCGGAAGAGCGCCCCACGCUGAGUCCCGGCUCCAAACCCGGCCCCGCAGAGCGGUCCCAGCCAGCCCGCAUUCCGCCUCCUCCUGCAGCCUCCGCCGUCCAGACAACCAGCCCCACCAUUCAGCGAGCAAGAUACCCUCCAGAUAUGCCCUGUGUGCAAGCCCAGUAUAGCCCUUCACCUCCUGGUUCGAGUUAUGCAGCUCAGACCUACGCAUAUGGCUCAGAGUACAGCUCGGAGAUCAUGAAUCCUGACUACGCCAAACUGACCAUGGACCUGAGCAGCACCGAGAUCACUGCCACCGCCACCACCUCCCUGCCCAGCUUCAGCACCUUCAUGGAGGGUUACUCUGGCAGCUAUGAGCUCAAGCCCUCCUGCCUGUACCAAAUGCAAUCUGCCUCCUCGAGCCAGAGGCCCCUCAUAAAAAUGGAAGACAGCCGGCUACAUAGUUACCACUCCUCACUGCCCCCCUCCACAGAUGAAGGGAUGCCCAGCACCUCCAUGUACUUCAAGCAGUCCCCGCCUUCCACGCCCACCACCCCUGGAUUCCCUUCUCACCAGGCCUCCAUGUGGGACGAACCCCCACAUCCGCUGCAGCCUGCACAGACCUGCAUGGCCCCCAGCCACUUGAUGGACUCUGCCCCUAUGAAGACUGUGCCCACCCGCUUCCCCCUCUUCCACUUCAAGCACUCGCCACCCCACACGCCUGCAGCUGGUGCCCACAUGUGCUAUGACCCUGCUGCCCUGAGCCUGCCUCUGGGAUCUGACAGACCCACUGCCAGUCAAGCCACUAUGGAGAACCAUCCUUAUGGGCUCCCCCUGGCCAAAAGAGCAGCCGCCUUAGCCUUCUCGCCACUGGGCCUCAAUGCAGCCACUUCCAGCCUCUUGGGCGAGAGCAGUGGCAGCAGCAGUGGCCUGCCUUCUCCGCCCAGCAGGAGCUCCUCAUCUGGAGAAGGCACUUGCGCUGUGUGCGGGGACAAUGCUGCCUGCCAACACUAUGGGGUACGGACAUGCGAGGGGUGCAAGGGCUUCUUUAAGAGAACAGUUCAGAAAAAUGCAAAAUAUGUUUGUUUGGCAAAUAAAAACUGUCCAGUGGAUAAGAGACGUCGUAACAGAUGCCAGUACUGCCGCUUUCAAAAGUGUCUUAGUGUCGGCAUGGUUAAAGAAGUUGUCCGUACUGAUAGCCUGAAAGGGAGAAGAGGUCGGCUGCCUUCCAAACCAAAGAGCCCUUUACAGCAGGAACCUUCCCAGCCCUCCCCACCUUCUCCUCCAAUCAGUAUGAUGAAUGCCCUGGUCCGCGCUUUAACUGACUCCACACCCCGAGAGCUUGAUUAUUCCAGAUACUGUUCCACUGACCAGGCUGCUGCAGGCACAGAUGCAGAACAUGUUCAACAGUUCUAUAAUCUUCUGACUGCCUCCAUUGACAUAUCCAGGAGCUGGGCGGAAAAAAUUCCAGGAUUUACUGAUCUCCCAAAGGAAGAUCAGACGUUACUCAUAGAAUCAGCUUUUUUGGAGCUGUUUGUACUAAGACUCUCCAUCAGAUCUGAUACUGCUGAAGAUAAGUUUGUAUUCUGCAAUGGACUUGUGCUUCAUAGACUUCAGUGCCUUCGUGGAUUUGGGGAGUGGCUCGAGUCAAUUAAAGACUUUUCAUUAAAUUUACAGAGCCUUAACCUUGAUAUCCCAGCCUUAGCAUGUUUAUCAGCUCUAAGUAUGAUUACAGGACGACAUGGAUUAAAAGAACCAAAGAAAGUGGACGAGCUAUGCAACAAGAUCACUAGCAGCUUAAAAGAUCACUUAGCUUUCAGCUGCCAAAACAAAGGACAGCCACUUGAGGCUGCAGAGUCUAAAGUACUGGGUGUUCUUGCUGACUUGCGUUCUCUCUGCACACUGGGACAGCAGCGCAUCUUUUACCUGAAACUGGAAGAUUUGGUACCACCCCCUUCCAUUAUUGACAAGUUGUUUCUGGAUACCCUACCUUUCUGAGUCUCAAAUUACCCUCAUGAAAGGCUAAUGCCCACCAGAGCAGGCAAAUGGAUUGUGACUAACUGCUAACAUUUCUGCCCUCACAUAACAGAAAAGCAACUCCAGCCCUAAAAUGAGGACUUUUCAGGCGCUUUUUCCUUGCCAGCUAAGGCCUAAAAUUUAACGGCUUACUAUUUGGGGGUUGUGCUCUUGUUUUUGUUUAUUUUUUGUGUGAUUAGGGUUUUUUUACAAAUUGCUAAUAAGGCACUUUUGGACAAUGCUAUCCCAGCAGUAAAAGGUUAACAAGACUGUUUUAAAUCUGUUGUGUUUAACACCUCGUCAUAUAUGGGGAAUACAAAUGUAGAAGCUGUGUUUGAAAACAAGAACAACAAAUAGUUGUUUGCCAGGGUAGUAUGUGUUUUGUGAUGAUACCUUUAGCAUACUUCCUGUAUCAAGGGCACACAUAUUGGCACAAACUAAACAAAAGUUCACUUUUUUUAACAAAGUACAUUCAACUGAAUAUUUCGUAUAAAUCAGAUAUAGCAAAAUGACAAUGGCUGUUAGCUCCCAUGUUCAAGUGCAAUUUUUUAAAGUGCUGUCUUACUAAGUCUUGUUUAUUAACUAAUUUAUUUUAAUAUGAAAAUAAAAUUGAAGAAAUCAAGUGAGAAGAUUACAUGCACUAACUUACACGACAAAGUUUCCCAAACUUGAAUCCAUGUAGUGUGACUUACUGACAAAUGUAUGUGGAAGACACAGGGACAAUUUGUGAUUCAGUUGAGCACUUGUUCCUUAGAUAAGGAAGUAAAAGUAAGUAGUGAUUGGAACGCACAGGGUCAGCAUCAGGGAUAGUUAAUUUUAGAUUUAAUCUAGGUAACAAGUUAGUAAAUAGACACAAGACAGUUUUGAAGAACAAGCAAGUCUUGUAAAAUAGUAUGAAUGUAAGAGCUAGGAAGGCUAUAGUGGGCUGCGUUUAAACAUUCCGUGUUCGUACUCCUUUUUUGUAUGUUUAUACUGUUGAUGCCAUAUUAAUAUGAAAUAAUUUGUUGCAUAGUGUCUUUAUUUGUAUAAACGUUUGUAUGCAUGGUAUAUUGUAAUGGCUUUGCCUGUAUUUAUUGCAAUGACUGCCAGCUCAUGGGAGCCGUGUUACACAAAGUAACUAAAUGGGGUGUUCACACUGACUCAGAUACACCAGUUAGAGAAAUAUAUAUAUAUAUAUAUAUAUAUAUAUAUAUAUAUAUAUAUAUAUAUACAUAUGUGUAUGUGUGUCUUUUUAUUAACCAUUUGUAUAUAAAAUAUCUGUCACUUCACAAGAAAAGUUAUUUUACAGUUUAUUUGCAGUGACUUUUAAGGCAGUACUGUUUAGCACUUUGAUAUUAAAAUCUUGCUCAUGUUUUGCUAAAUUCAAAUAAUAUUUAAAGAUUUUAGUUCUAAAAACGUUAUAUGCACUGUAUUAAGUCAAAAUUUUGUUGAACAUUUUGCUAAGAAUUUUUUUUUUGAAUGUCAGCCUGAUGUCACUGUAUCUUUUGUUAGCUUUAAACAUUCUAGCUUUUUGUCUUUUUUUAAACUAUGCUGUUUAUAUGGAAAUUAAAUUAUACUAUCAAACAGAUGCCAAAUGAAUUGCCUAAUUGCUGCAACAGAUAACCCAGAUAUCAAAUCAUUGUAUUGUUUUCAAGUAGUCAUCUGGAAUUUUAUCACUUAUUAUGUUUGGAUGUGCUUUUAUGAAAAUUAUUCUUAUAUCAAGAUUUCUAGUAGUGUCAAUAGGAAAACAGACUUCUAAUCACUAUAGUCAAUAUUUCCAGUUUACCUGAAGAUAAUAUUUGGAAACGUUUUGCUUUUAGUAUUGACUUUUAAGCUUAUGUGCAAACAUAAUAGUAUAAUUAAAUAUCAGAGAAGCUAACAUUUCUUGUAGGUUGGUGUCAGAUGCCUGAUCUGCAAGACAAAUCUAUUUUGACUGAAUUUGAAAUUUUGUAUAUAAUUUGUAUACACAAACGCGCACACACACACUAGACAUUCAAAAGUGUGUUUACUUCUGUCCCUUUGUGUAAAACAAGAUGCCUAAACACCGUUGAGGAUCUGGGCCAAGGUCCCUUGAGAAAUUAUCUUUAUUUCAGGACAAAUCCUGAAAGCUGCUGAGCACCCUUAGUUCCAAGCUGAGGACUUCCAGCACUUCCUGGGACUGGGCCCUUGAAAAGUAUUUUCACACAAAUCAGCAUAGUUUUUCUUGGAACAAGAUACAUUUAUUAGGAAGCAUGUUUUUGAUGGUAGCAGGUCCAGAGCUCUAUGUUAGACUUCAUGUCACCAAUGUGCUUCAGUUUUCCAUAGACGUUCAUUACUGAUACUCUCCAACAUCAUGUAAUCUGUGGAAUAUCCUUCACAUUUAUUUAAAUUCACAAAAUUUAUUUGUGCAGUAUGAUCAAUGAUGGAUCAUGAUAGCAAAAGAAAGAAUUAAAGAAGAUUAGCCUACUACUUUUGUUCGAGCUCUCUCAGUGUGAACAUGCCUUUUUGCAGGCUGAAUUCAGGAAUAUAUCAGCUGUUAAAGGAGAGUGCCUUGCUUUUAUUUCAGACAACAGAGUAUUUCAAAAAUUUCUCUGCUCUUCUAACAGCAGUGUGGGUUUUUUGUUUUUUGUUAAGCUGUGGGUUGAAAGAAAUGCUCUUGUACAUAUACAAUGUAAAUUAAAAACUAUUAAAUUGAAUAACAUUUUUUCAGAGGCCCCUGGUGUG